UUGUUACUGCUCGCCUUGAAAGACCAUACCGCUAUUGUCAACCUUAAAGACAGCACAGGCUACACUGCCCUCAUGCUGGCAGUGGAAAAAGACAAUUUCCAUGCCGCUCGGAAGCUCCUGGAGCUUCCCGGUAUUGAUUGCAAUGUCACCAAUGGCAGUGGCCGGACGGCCAUGACGCUUGCUGCCAGGGAAGGAUCUUUGCCGCUAGUUGAACUUCUUCACAGGAGGAAAGCGGCGGUCAACAAGGCAGACAAGAAUGGGGAUACCCCUCUCGUCUGGGCAAUUCGUGAACUUCAUUUUGAUAUCGUCAAAUAUCUCUUGGACAACGCGGGAGCUACUACAGACCAGAAGAACACUGGGGGCCAAACCCCACUGCACAUUGCCGCGGAGACGGGUGAAUUGGAAAUGUUUCAUACUGUUCUCAUGGCUGUGCAUGGCCGCUCGAGCGAAUCAGAUCUGUGUUUGAAUAAUGAGGGCAGGACAUGCUAUUCGUUGUUCAUUGAAGCCCGCAAACGGAACUCGAGAGCAGGCUUUGGGAGCCCAUAUUACGAACAGUACAAGUUCUCUGAGAUUCUCAGUAAGCUUUCAGACAUUGAUGUAUUCGAUGGAGGUCGGUCACUGCUCUCCUGGGCUGCCGAGUACAACGAUAUUGUCUGGCUGCGGGCUUUACUCGGCCGCGGUGCUGACCGAAAUCAACGCGACAAGAUGCCUCCCAAGGGUUCGCGACCUUCCAUACGCAGAACCCCAGUAAUUUGGGCCCUAGAGAAAGAUAACUUGGAGGCCGCUACGCUUCUUGCAACUCACGAUAUCUCUGUACUGUCCUUGGUUCAGGAAGCCAAGAAAAGGCAAGAAAGCGUUCCUGAAGCAUGUCGGCUCCUGCAGAAACUUCUGCCUUGCCUGAAAGAUGAGUCUCUAAAUAGAAUCGAUGAUGAAGGCAAGACUGCUUUACACUACGCUGCAGAGCUGCCAGGUUCCGAAAUCACAAAACUCUUAACUGACCAUGGAAUCUCAAUUGAUGGGCUCGAUAAUGAUUCUAAGACAGCACUCCAACUCGCGGUUGAGAACAAAAAGCUUGAGAAUGUGACCGCAUUGCUUCGCCGGGGAGCGGCAUUCCCUGAAAUUCCGUUGAACAUAUGGCAAGAGUUGGACCCGACAGGAGCCCGCCGCUGUGUCCGGUUCACUAGGACAGGUCUAGAUGGUCUCGAGCUCGCAUUUCUGGCGGGCAGUGAAGCGCGUGACUGGAAUACCAGGCCGACCUCCUCAUCGCUACUAUUAUGCGAUCCUCAGUCCCUAUCGGUGCAAAUGGAGAACGCUCCAAUUCAUCCGACGGUUCCAGGCAGGACCCUCAAUGAUAUCAUAACGUCAACCACAUACGUUCGGUAUCAGCGAGCAUCCGGCCCGGACACUACGGUGAAUCGUCUGUCUGUAUUCUUUCCACCUGCCAAGCAGUCUUACAGGAAGAAGGCACAACUGCUGCGACCCGAAACACUGGCUAUGGAAUGGGCUGUAACGUCAUCGGAAACGGAGAACAAAGCCUUUUACACAUACAUCAGUGCUCUGCCCCAGGAGUUACCAGCGACACCUGCAAGCUUCUGUAAACAGCUCAUACUAAAUCUGCGGCAGAAGUGGGAGAUCAGAGCCCAGUAUGUCAGAGACCAUAUAGCUGAACUGCGGCAGAGUCAGAUCCGGCGAAAGGGUCGAAAUCAGACGAUAAUCAAUCAUCUCGCACAGCAUAGUGAACUGCGCGGUACGCUCCGUGAGUAUCUGAGUGGACAUGUUCAAGGUUUACAAACUAUGAUCACAGCUCAGAAGAAGUUUCCGGGGUCGGAAAAGCAGGAAUUGUUCGAGGCGGUGCAUUGUCUGGACCAGACAAUCAAGUCCCAACUGGACGAUUCGGAGCGGGCCGCUCAAGAAGUCCUACAACUAGAGUUAGCCUGGGUCUCUAUCAGCGAGGCAGCUAGCGUCAAGCGCCUGAGCUGGAUGACUAUUAUCUUCUUGCCUCUCAUGUUUUCUUCGAGUCUCUUCGGAAUGAACAUUGAUCUCCUGAAAGACAACCCGGACUGGACCUGGUACCUGGUCUUCUCGGCGGUCUCGGUGCUCAUCACAAUCUGCCUAUGGACACUAUUGAAGUAUAUACCUAUUGAGACUUGGAGGAAGAGCGACCUCAUUGCGCGAAACAAAUUUUCAGACCACAAUGUCAGCCUGGAAACCGGAAAGAGCGGGUAGAGGAUUCCCAGCAAUGGUAGUGGUUGGCUAGGCACCAUACAGCUACUACCGAGUCAGCGGUUGAGCUAUAGUCUGAUCUCUGAACAUCGGGGGUGGAACGCCUCAAAAUCAGCGAAGUAUAACCUCAGUACCUCUUCAGCCAACCCCGCCCAACAAGGCACCGCCUUGAUCAUCCCCUACCUGCCUUUUUUCCAGCGAGAGACUCUAAAACAUUGACUUUAGUAUCAUCUCACAUUCACCUCCGCAGACAUAGUCGCAGACAUCAGAAGACGAAGCUUACUGUAUGGGAUGAUAUUUCCACAGAAACCUUCCAUGACCGCCGAAAAGCACAUGUUUCAAGUCAGGUGUUUUACUAUCUCAUCAUCUCCUUUGAUUUUCUUUGACCCUGAAAUUAAGGUAAGAGAAUGCAACAACUCUAGUCUAGCUAUACAAAUAU